UGCAUAUUCCAUGAAGUCGACUGAGUUACUCUGUGAAAUUGUAGCAGUGACAUUCUGGUAUCUCUGACCUCAUCCAAAUAUUUAUCAUGCGGUUGUCUCCAGUUUCACAAUAUAUGCUGAUGUUCAUAUCAGUCCUUGCGCUGAGCGGGGAGACAAAAGCACAGACGGCGCCGGUUGUAUUCUAUCCGUUCGGCUCAGUGGCAGGAGACACUGUUAAUAUUGCUGUUGAAGAUGAAAACUCCACUCGUAUCGACCUGUGGAGACCUUUUGUGUUCUUUGGCCGCACAUACAACAAGACAUAUGUUAAUAAUAACGGGCACCUUACAUUCAACCAGCCUUCGUCUGAGUUUUACGUUAAGUACUUUCCCAAUGGAACUGAAGACGUCAUUGCUCCGCUCUGGAGAGAUGUUGACGUCAGUAGGAAUGGCAUGAUCUCAUAUCAGCAGUACUCUAAUGGAAGUGUGCUCACUCAAGCCACUCAGGAUAUUAACCAGUAUUUCCCGUAUCUGAGCUUUACGGCUACUUGGGUCCUUGUUGCUACUUGGGAUAGAGUUGAAGACUUUUAUUACUCUGGCACAGAAAUAUCGUUUCAAGUGGUGUUAAUUUCUGGCGGUGAUUUGUCUUUCAUUCUCAUGAAUUAUGGUGACUGCGCUGCGACACAAUUUGCGGUGCAGGCUGGUUAUGACACAAUAAACUCCACUGACUACGUUGUGAUUCCUGGAUCAAUCAAUGGGAAUGUUAUUCCAAACCUUAAGAACACCAGUAAUGUAAAUGUUCCUGGUCGAUGGGCCUUCAGGGUGGACAGUGGACAAGAAAAUAUCAUAGGAGUUCAAAUGAGAGUUACUUCUUUUUCAGACCUGACAGAGAAUAGAAACAUUGAGACUGUUUUAGAGAAACUACAACAGGAGCUGGUCAAGUCCGGUCUGCCGAGCAGCGUGAAGCUGAAGUUCAGAAGAAUCCAAAAGACACGACCAUGAUCUCAUAAAAUGUAACUCAUACAAGGAAAAGAUGUUCAGCUGGUUCAUUAAUAUCUUAAAUCAAAUAUCCUUGCCUUAGUGAAAAAAAAGUAUACUUUAUUGUAUUUGAAAUAUAUUCCCUUUUUCAAUAGUACAUUGCAAAUAUACUAACACAAAUUGUACUAUCUUUAAAUAUAUUAAAAGUAUAUUAGCAUCAUGCUUUUACCUAUUUUCACAAUACAACUGUUAACACCCUUUAAAAU